AUGAAUGUAUUAGCUUUAUUUCUUGUUGCUACAUUAAAGCACUUUUUGUUUCAGGAUUACGGUGGCACAUUAAAAUGGACGAGUAAAGAACAAAGCUAUAUUUUAGCUUCGUUUUAUUGGGCCUACAUAAUAUCUCAAAUAGUAGGUGGUUUGGCCACACAAAAAUUGGGCACGAAGCGGGUCUUUGGAUAUGCCCAAUUAGCAACGGCUCUCUGCAGUAUUUGCAUUCCAUGGGCCAGUGAAACCCAUUACGGCCUUGUGAUUGGAUUGAGAUUCAUACAAGGAUUUGCUUCGGGUUUGACUUGGCCUGCCAUGUAUGCUCUUGUAGGACACUGGAUACCUGUUCCAGAAAGAAGUCGCUUUAUGUCCAGCUUUCAGGGUCUCGUACAGUACAAUUACACCGUUAUGAUAUUGGAGAAUUUUAAAAUACAAAUCAGUUACUACUCCUGUAGGACUCGAAUCCAGUUCGACAGUUCGAAUCCGACACACAUGUGA